AUGGGAGGAGGCCCCAUGAGGCACAACCAAAGUCUUCAUUGCCAAUAUCACCAGAAGCGAGGGCAUAUUACCAAGGACUGCAGAACUCUAUGGAACCAUCUAGAGCAACUAGUCAGAAAGGGAAGGUUGCAGCAGUUUUUAUAUCGACCCAACGAGCAAGGAGACCAAGCAAGGUCAAGGGCUCAGGGAAAUGCUUCUUCAAGGCCCCCAUUAGGCACAAUUAAUGUCAUCUUUGCUGCACCUAGGAGAACUGACGAUGACAAGAUUGGAACCAUCCAGCCACACGAUGAUGCUUUAGUGGUCAUCCUCAAAAUAGGAGGGUAUGAUGUAAAGAGGGUGAUGGUAGACCAGGGCAGUGGUACAGAGAUUAUGUACCCUAACUUGUACAGAGGGCUGAACUUAAAGCUUAAGGAUCUGAUAGCCUAUGAUUCACCUUUGGUAAGUUUUAAUGGGAAAGUUGUUAUCCCAAGGGGUCAUAGUAGAUUGCCCAUGCAAGCAGGUUCGAAGGUGGUAGAGGUAAACUUUAUUGUGGUAGAUGCUUAUUCCCCCUACAUUGCCAUUGUAGCAAAACCUUGGCUCCAUGCCCUAGGGGCCAUUUCUUCAACUCUGCACUUGAAGGUAAAGUAUCCCUCAGGGGACCGAAUUGAAAAGCUUAUGAGCAGUCAAUCCAUGGCUGGGCAGUGCCUUGUGGUUGCAAUUAUGUCUCAGCCUGCAGUUGAGUUUCGGCCUCUACUAAAGAAGGCUCAUAGCAAUCAAGGAUUCUGGUCCUAUCUACGGAUGUGGUAUCAGGAGAGGCAAAGUGUGAGAGGUUGGAGGAAAUUGCUAUAG